CGCGGUCGCCAUAUUACUGAGAGCACCCCUCCUCUCCAGUCCCGUCACAGCAGCCAGAGCAGGAGACGCUACCGCUGGGGGAGAGGACCGGUGAUACAGCAAAACUAAAAACGUGGACUAGCUGGCAUGGAGGAAACCUUUGCACUCCGUUGUUAAGUGAUCACACCGCUUUUACAUCAACGUCAUCCGAUUGAAAAGAGUGGAUUUGUUCAUUUUGGAUUCCUCCGAGUUAAUUCAGCAGUUAAAGACUCGCUCACUGUAGACUGCUAACCGGUGAUGGAGACUGGCAGCUAGCUGCAGCUAAAUUAUCAAUAACUUACUCUGCUUCUGCUUCGCUGCGGGUGAUUGUUUCCACCGAGAGACAACAUAUCCUUUAAAAAACCACCGGGGAUGUUUUGUGCUUAACAAAGACGCAGUCUGACGAAUCAACCGGCGAAGUACGACUGGCAUCAGCUGACGUUAGCUCGCUAGCUGCUAGCUUCAGUCGGCUCGCUAACUGACUCUGGGGGGGAAACGCAUCAGAGGCGGUUGAUAUCACAACUGCUUUGCUUUGGAAAUAUAAUUAAUCAUUUAGAUUUGUUAAUUUUUUUUAAUUGGGUUGUCUGUUAACUGUAGUCUCGGCAAAACGGCGCCGCUAACGAGCCUUAUAACCCACUGUCAGAGAGCAACUACCGCCCGGAUUCAGCCGGAAUGCAUCAUCCGGAGCCUGCAGGAGACUCCGGCAGCGUCAGAAAGAUGCCGCAUCCGACUGUCUUCCACAGGAGGGGCAGCAACACGAGCAGCGGGAGCGGCUCCACGCUGUCAGCCACCGUCAACAACAGCCACGUUUCAGCCGAGGACUACCAGCCCUCCCUGUUGAUCCAGCCUCCCGCUGCUUCGUCCUCCCCGGGCCCCCAUCACCCUCCUCCGCACAGCUUGAACCUCCAGCCUCAGCCCUCCCAGCAGACUGGAGCUCAGAUUAAAAAGAAGAGUGGUUUUCAGAUCACAAGUGUGACUCCAGCUACGAUAGUUAGUACCAAUAACAGCAUUGCUGAGGACACAGAGAGUUAUGAUGACUUGGAUGAGUCUCAUACAGAGGAUCUGUCAUCUUCUGAGAUCUUGGAUGUAUCCCUCUCACGAGCUAACGAUGCAGUCGGAGCGGAGAGGAGCUCUUCGGAGGAGACUUUGAAUAACUUCCAGGAGGCUGAGACCCCCGGAGCCGUGUCCCCCAACCAGCCUUCUCAUCCUGGUACCUUGACCCAGGCCCAGCAGCGUGGCGGGGCCAUCGUAAACGGCACUAUGCAUCAUCAUCACCACCUGAACCCUAAUCAGACAUACCCUCUGACCGGAGCUUUACCUUCUCUCACCCAGAAAAUGCCUUCUAACGUGGGCGGCCCUCAAGAGAAUGUUUCCCAUGCUGCCCCUCAAACUAUAGUCCCCCAGUCAGUGGGGAUCGUGGCCCCGGGAUCGGCCCCUGGAAUGCACAGCUCUGCAACAGGCACUACAGUUAGUGUUGUUAAUCCCCCGACCAGCAGCAGUGUUAAUAAUGUGAAUAUGUCGGGCUCUGCCAAUGUGCCUGUCAGAGGGGGGAUCGGCACGAGUGCAGGCAGCAGCGGCGGCGGUAGCUUCCCCCCCAAUGUGAUGAGCAGCGCUGGUGGCGGGGGUCUAACUGGAGCCAGCCACGUGUCUGCUGCUAAUAUCAACCCCAUCCAACAACAGCAAAACAUCAACUCCAUGACUACUGCAAGCGCUGCUUCUGUUAGUGCCUCUGGAGGCGGGGGAGUUCCCAGCGGGAUCCAGGGGAGAGUUGGAUCAGCUGCGAGCCUUCCCGCAGCGGCUGUGCCUUCAGCUGUCCCUGCUCCUGCAGUCACCGCCACCACCUCCCGUUUCCGGGUCGUGAAGCUGGACUCCAGCUCCGAGCCGUUCAAGAAGGGCAGAUGGAUGUGCACAGAGUUCUACGACAAGGACGCACCGACGCCUGCCCCCUCCGCCUCUGUGUCUGAAGCCGCAUCUCUCAGCUCGCGUCAGUUCAUGACGGAGAGCCUUGCGGGGGCCUCUGAGAGGGAAAGCACAAGUGGAAGUUCUGUGAGCAGCACUAUUAGUACACUGAGCCAUUACAUCGAGAACAUGGGCAGUGGUGAGGCUAGCGGGUCCCCUGGACCCCAGCAUGCCCAGGAUUAUGCCUCCCCUCCUCAGGGCUAUCAAGGAAUCCACAGUGGCCUAAGCGUUGGAGUACCUCAAUCCCAAGCUCACAUGCAUAUCCAGGAUAUGAGCCACCCUCAUGGGAAGACUGCUGCAGCCCCUUCAGCUCCUGCAAACAUCCAUCAACCUGCAGCCAUGCCCGGUCAGCAGACCGCCGUCGGUGCUGUUCCGCCGCAGCAGCUCACCUACGCCCAGGCAGUGGCUAAUCAAGCCCCAAACUCCUCGCAGGGCUUAGUGAAUAUCCAGCAGCAAAAGAUUAGCUACCCCAACCUUCCGCAGCAGUCGGCCCCAUCCCCUCCAGCACCCCCGGUGUCGGUUAGACCACCAGAGUACAACCAAUCACAGCAAGGCGUACCCCAAGCCGCUGCCUCUCAACCUCUUUCUAACCAAGCGGGUACAGUACCAGCUGGCCAAGCUAACGGUGUUACGCCGAUGAUGGGUGGACCUCAGCAAACCCAGGGGCUCCUUCACACGCAGCCCCCCGCCUCCAGUAUGCCUCCGCAUGUUGGGUUAACCGGUCUGGGACAGCCGCAGAACCUCCAAGGCCACGUCGACGUUCAGCAGAAGCCGCAGUCCCUUCCUACUCAAAUACAGAACACAGGGCCUAACACCCAGCUUCCCGCCGCAGCGCAUCAGAACCAAGCAUCGGCUUCCAGCGUCCCUCCACCCAGUGCUCAUAACGAUCACCUGGCUCAGCCUCAGGCCGCCAACGUCCCCCGGAUGCCCCCCCAGCCAUCUUCCAUCAGCCUGACGCAGGACUCCAGCAGCGCCCAGGCCCUGGCUCACGCCGCCCAGGCCAACGCCCUGUACGCCAGUCUGCCCAGCUUCACCACCACGCAGCUGCAGGACGCCCAGAGGCUGCUCCUCCAGCAUCAGUCCUUUCUCAAGUUGCCCGGCGGGGACACUGGAUCAAACACCGGCCCAGGUCAGGAAACCGAGGGCAACACCAACGCCGCCAAUGCCUUAACCGCACCAGCCGGCCUGAAGCCUGCAGACGGAGAGGAUGAUGGCUCGUCCGGAGCCAGCGUGGUGGCCAUCGACAACAAGAUCGAACAAGCAAUGGAUCUGGUGAAGAGCCACCUGAUGUACGCCGUGCGUGAGGAGGUGGAGGUCCUGAAGGAGCAGAUCAAGACCCUGAUAGAGCAAAACUCCCAGCUGGAGCAGGAGAACACGCUGCUGAAGAAGCUGGCCAGCCCAGAACAGAUGGCCCAGUUCCAGGCCAAGGUCCAGACCGGCUCCCCGCCCGCCCCUCAGACAGACGCGCCGACGGGGCCUCCGAGCGCCGCCGGCCUCAUCCAGCCCGCCACGCACAGCUCCGGCCCCUCUGCGUAGCCCGACGACACAGACUGAGCAUCCUCUAGUUUUAAAGGCCGGCGGCAGCCGCAGAGCCACCCUUGGCCUUCCGCUGCAGGAGGGCCAUGCUGUCAAGAUGAGAAUUUGCACAUAUUUAUCUCUGAAGGAUGCAGCCAGCCAGCAGGCCGAGCGGAGCUGAGGUUUCUCCACGCAGUGGACAGUGACAAUCCUACUAUGCUGUGUGUUCGGGGGGUGGGGGUGGGUAAGUUCAGAAGAGGAAUUAUCACACAUUUGCCAAAUAACCCGGGUCAUCAACAAGAAUGUUUAACCAUGAAGAAACAGUCAGUGACACCAUUUAUGCUUACCUGUAGAUUUAAAAUGAAAUCACUGUGCCUGUGUCUGGGUUUUAACUUGCGGGGGUGGGGGCGUUAUCCAUUUUGCUGAAUUAUGUAAAUAAAAAGUGGUUCUGUACCAAGGCUAGAUCCUGACAGAGAGAGAGAAGUUCUUCUCGGUGACAGAAUACGAUUGUGAGCCAUUAUUAUCAUGUCAUAGCCCCCAUCUGGAAUGGGGGGGUGGGGGUGGGUGGGCGCCGAUGCUGACGAUGUUCCUCAAAUUGUGCGUUGGCGAGAUGAACAAAACGUGCUUUCUUAUGAAGAUGAUGAUAAAUCUAUUUUCAGUAUUUCCCUUUCAGGCUCAUUAGUUUGCCCUCGAAGAAGCUCAUUGCUGCCGUUCCCUCGGCGCCGUCCCCGCAUGUCGCAUCUUCUCCAUCGACAGGGUGGACGCUUUGGGCGAAGCUGCAGGUUUUUUUUUUUUUUUUUUCCCAAAAAGUUCAAUGGGCAGAAAACGAUGUACAUUUCUGUAUAGUGUAAGUACAAUGUAAAAAAGGAGAGGAUGGAAGAACAGAUGCUAUCUAGGUCACGCUGAUUGAUGCGGGUCAGUCCGUCAUCCAUCUUUAAUGCUGUAAUUUCUGGACUUUGGAUCUAAAAGGAGGUUUAGGUUAUUUAACUGACAACAACGUUGUCCUACUCUCUCACUGACACAUUUAACUCUGACUGUAAACAGUUUCUCAUUGCUAUUUUUCUUUAAGUAUUGCACCUUUUUGGGAGUUUUUUUUUUUUUUUUUGACAGUGAAAAACUUUUGGAUUUGAAAAUGCAUACUUAGGGUAAAAAAAGAAAAAAAAAGAAACAAGCUCUGAAGAUGUUAUUUGUUUUUCAUUCUGUGUAUCGGUUGUAUGCUCAUGUUCUGUGCAUGUUCCUUCAAAGACCGGAUGAGAAAACAAAAUACCUACAAUUGCACUUGACAGCUGCACUUCACAACUUUCAAUAAACCUGCUUA